AUGGCCCCCUCAACCUCUCCGAACAACCUUCGCCGCCCCCAGCGCUUCAUCACAGAUCACGCCCUCGACGGCAAAGCCAUCUUCAACUCCACCCUUCCCGAGGAGAUCCCCCAACAGACCAUCAGCAAUGGCGCAAAUUUCUAUCUCGGCUACACCACCGAACAUACUCCCGUCUCCUUCGCCAACAACAAGGACGUCGAGUCCUAUGCCACGCGCCUUGCGAACCCGCCUGGCAUCGUGCUCCCCGGCGGCAGCGUCAUGCGCAUCGUCGACUCGCCGCCCGGUACCUUGUCGCCCAUGCACCGCACCGUGAGCCUAGACUAUGGCGUCGUGCUCGAGGGAGAAAUUGAGCUUGUACUAGAUUCCGGAGAGACGAGGAGGAUGCGGAGGGGCGAUGUGGCCGUGCAGCGUGGCACAAUGCAUGCGUGGAGGAAUGUGAGCGACACGGAGUGGGCUAGGAUGCUGUAUGUGCUACAGGAGAGCCAGCCACUCGAGGUCGCAGGGCAGGUCUUGAAGGAGGAUUACGGGGUCGGGAUGGAGGAUGUCAAGCCUUCUAGUAAAUAA